UAAGAUUUUAAUUAAAUUUCCCAUUAAAUCUAAUCAGAUUUUUUUCCAAUAUUCUCUGUAAAAACUCAAACUAUAACAUUAUCGUGUACGUGACAAUUGAAGCGGGCCUGAUUUUGCAUCACAAUUCACGUGUUUUGGUAUGUCGCGAAAAGAAUCUGGGAUUUUUUGCAAAGUCCAAUGAAAAAAAAAUAUUCUCAUAUUGCUUCUCGGUCGGUCGUGGUUUACACUUGAUGUGUUGUGUGUUGUUUAGUUUGUGUAUGAGUUCGUGCGUAUGUGUGUAAAUUAUUAUUGACCAAAGUUAGAGCGAGCAGCAGCUGAAGAAUCGAAAAAAUAAUAUUUUUGUUUACAUUUUUCUGGUCUUGGUUGAAAAGCAAAGUGCAGAAAAGUUGUGAAAAUACCCUGAAAUUAAAUGAGAAAAGUGCAUUGUUGUUCACCAAUAGCAAGAAGAGAGAAAAAAUUGGUAAUAAUUUGUUGAAAACUAUUGUUAUUUGUGUUUUCCUAUUUUGCAUUGGCAUUUGUAGUUGAGCACUCCAACCAACCCUUUUACCACCCCCUUUUGUGAGACAGAUUGUUUUCUUUUUGUGUGUGGCCCAAAUGCUGCGUAAAACAGGCAAUAAACUAAUUAUCAGAACCCAGCAACAACAAUAAUUAGCUGUUACUAGAGCUAGAACAACAGCAGCAACAACAAUAGACAAUUCAUCAGAGAUCCAAUACAAGGAUUUGUGAUCAAUUGAAAAACAACCUGACACUCUCACCAUUCCAAUAAAAGUCAAAUUCCAACGAGACUGUCCUCACACCAAUGUCCAUACAACAACCAUAAUUUUUAAAAAAUAUUAUUAAUGCAGCAACAACAACAGCAGCAGCAUCAACCCCAACAGCAACAAUCACAUCAACAAUUAACCAAUCAAAGUGUCACCAAUCAACCAACCACAUUACAAUUCCAAUUGCAGCCACAACACCACCAACAACCGAGCGGUUUAGUUGUUGCCCACACUUCACAAUUGCAAUCGGCAGCAGCUACGACCCAACCACAGCAGCAGCAGCAACAGCAACAACAUUUAACCAACAACAUUAUUGUUGUGCGUGGAUCACGCAACGAACAUGGCGAAAUUGUCAUACAGAAUAAACAGGACAUUUUUACAUUUCUCACGGAACACCAUCAGCAACAGCAGCAGCAACAACAACAGCAAAAUGAAAAAGCCACCGUGGCAACACUAACCCAAUUGCCGGCAACCACAACUGUUGCUCGAAAGACCAGCAUUUCUUUAUUAACCAAUGCCAAUGGAGGGAUUGUUGGUGGAACGGUGUUGGCUCCCCAGGCGGGUGGAGGCGGUAGUAAUGGAGGAAAUGCUAACACAGCUCAAAUUGUACCCAAGGAGACUAACACAAUCCUACUGCAGACACCCAUCAAUGCUAGUCAAUUGGAAACGGUGUUGCUGCAGUCUGGCCAACUGAAGAAAUCCAAUUCCACGGUGUCGGCCACAGAUAGGCCAUUUCUUUUUAAGAAUACUUCACGCAGCUUAAGCACUGACAGCAAUCGUUUUGGCAGCGUAUCCUCAGCUUCGGCUUCAACAAAUGGCGAUGACAAGGGUCCUUUUGUUUUGCAGACAUUAAAACGUUUAGAAAAAUCACAAUCAAUUCUGGUCAUACGUAAUUCAUCAUCAUCGGCGCUGUCGUCGACAUCGGCUUCGUCGUCGUCCGCAGCCUCGGCCGUUACAUCUUCUUCGAAUAUAUCAUCAGGUGCCAAUUCUACCUCAUCCUUAGCAAAUGUCUCAUCUUCAGCUUCUUUGGGCAAAUCAUUGACAGUGGAACACAAGCUAAGCUUAUCGUCAUCAUCUUUGUCCUCCAUGCAGCAGCAACAUCACCAGUCACCCCAAAUUCUAUCUACGACAGGUAAUGUCAACACAAAACCCAACACUAUCACCUUUACACGCCACAAAAAAUCUCAAACCAAAUCGAACAAUGGACAGAAUAAUGCUGCUACCAAUAACAACAAUAGUAGUGGGGCCCAUCAUAAUUCAUCCUCCAUUGGCACUGGAGGAGUAGGAGCAGGAUCCACCACCAUUACCACCACAAAAUUGGGUGAUAUUUUAGCCUCCGCCAAGGGACAGCCGAGGCAUAUUUUGACAGCAACGGCCAGCACCAAUACUGGAGGUAAUGGUAAUAAAGCAACAACUGGUGGCGGCAGUACGGGAGGUACCACCACCACUACCUAUUUGCGUUUGACAAAUGCCAAUGGUAGUGGCAGCAACAACAACAGCAAUGGCAACGGUAAUAUUGCAACUAUUGCUGCCAAUAUUGUCCAUAAAAAUCAUAAUUCUUCACGUGUAAAUCUCAAUGGUGCGAAUGUCGAAACAAUAGUAGCAUCAGCUGGAGCUGGGUCGGGGCAUGCAUCUACCCAAAAACAACAGCAGCAGCAGCAACAACAUUUAAAUUUGGCCGAGGUCCAGCUGAAACAACAUGAAAGGACAUCAACAACAUCGGCUGCCAGUAGCACAACUGGCUCACAGAAGACCCCAGGGAGCGAUGGUGAUCCCAUUAAACUACCAGACAAUUUGGAAAGCUUGCCAAGAGCUGACAGUUUCCCGUCACAACGUCAUCGCUGGAAUACAAAUGAGGAAAUCGCUGCGAUUCUUAUCAGCUUUGAUAAACACAAUGAAUGGCAAUCGAAAGAAGUCAAAACAAGACCGAAAAGUGGCUCUCUAUUGUUAUACUCCCGUAAAAAGGUGCGUUAUCGACGUGACGGCUACUGUUGGAAGAAACGCAAAGAUGGCAAAACCACACGUGAAGAUCACAUGAAACUUAAAGUACAAGGCACAGAGUGCAUCUAUGGUUGUUAUGUACAUUCUGCCAUAUUGCCCACAUUUCAUCGCAGAUGUUACUGGCUAUUACAGAAUCCGGAUAUUGUUUUGGUACACUAUUUAAAUGUCCCAUAUCCGGAUGAUAAUAAAAUGGCCGUCAUUGCGCCGAGCAUCAGUUUGUGGGGCGAUAAAAAAGAAUGGACAAAGGAGGAGCUGGUUAGCCAGUUGAAACCAAUGUUAUCAACAGUAACCUCAGAUGAUGAAUCGGAUUCUGGCAAUGAUAUCGAGAUAUCGACUGCCGAAACCGUUGAAUCCAUUGUAUGCCAGUUAAUGGAGAAACAGCGUCUAUCACGUCAGGCUGCCUUGGUCAAACAGCUGGAUUGUGGCUGUGGCGAUGCCUCAUGUGCCGAUGGUAAAACCUGCACUCAUCCAGUGAUGCGAAGGCCCAGUUUAAUUAAAUCUUCGAAUGAGAAACGUUUGCCGGCUUCCAAUUCGGUUGAAAACUUUGCUCACAGCGGUAAUAAUCCGGCCACACCGAAUGUUGUUGUGGGGCCAAAGCUCUAUUCUCGUUGGUUGGAUAAGAGGGCAAUACGCGAGGCUAGCAAUGCAAUGGACACGCAGAACUCUCAUUAUCCACAGCAACAACAACAGCAACACCAUGGUCAUGGUCAUCAUGCGCCGACUCAGCAGCUGCCACAGGAAUCGGCAAUUAAAUUCCAAAUUAUACCGCCACACAAUGAACAACAGCAGCAACAACAACAGUAUCGACAGCAUCAUUACAGUGCUACAAAUGUUGGCAACCAUCAGCAGCAGCAACAACAACAGCAAAUGAUGAAUAAUCGAAAUAAUUUAAUAAUGCAACAACAACAGCAGCAGCAAAUGCAAACAAAUCAAACUAAUUUCAAUCAAAUGCAAGUCAGCGCCAACAGUAACAACAAUGCGAUAGUCAGUAAUAAUAACGGUGUUGUUAGCGUUGUUGGUGGUGCUAGUAAUUUACAACGCUACAAUAGUGCUACACAACUUAUACAGCACCAGCAGCAGCAACAACAACAGCAUCGCUUCCAAAUUGCCAAGACAACCGUUACUGCAAUGGAACACAGUGGCAAUAAUUCGAGUAGUGCCACAGCUAAUCAACAAACCGCAAUUACAUCAUCGUCCAUCUCCUCAGCAUCAACCACGUCAGUGAUGUCCACUCCUACAAGUCAAUCAAAUUCACAUUCUUCGGCCGGUCCUGGGGUUGGUUUAGAUGUGAAUAUGCUAAGUCAUACAGCGAAUGUAACGCCCACCAAUGUCAGUGGGGGAGGUGGGGUUAAUGCCAGUAAUAAAAUCAACCACAACACAAAUAUCAAUGCAAAUGGAACAACAACAACAGCAGCAGCAACUACAGUUUUGCAUCAGAAGCCAAAUGAUUUAAAUGUCAUAAAUAAUAAUGGCCCCAAUGGCAGCAAAUAUACAACUAAUUACAAUCAGCAGCAACAACAACAACAACAGCAAAUAAAUUCUUCCAAUAAUAAUUCGAUGCUAGGCCAUGUCAACACCCAGCAGCAACAAAAACAAGAACAACAGCAGCAACAACAAUAUUAUAAAUUGCAACAAAGCAAUAACAAUAAACAACAUCCACCACAGCAGCAGCAGCAAGAACAACAGCUAACCCCCUCAUCAUCAUCAUCAGCCUCCUCAACUGUUGAACCCAUGUGUAUGUCACCAGAACAUCAACCCUCCACAUCCGUUGCCUCCACCGCUGUCUUAUCUUCACCAUCACAAAACACACACAACAACAAUCAUCACACUCAGCAGCAGCAACAACAACAUCAUAAGCAACCGCAUUUAAUGAUGCCUUCAUCUGAUUCCAUUUCGGAAUCUUCAACGUCUCUCUCAUCAUCAUCAUCAUCGUCGUCUUCAACUUUGCCAUCUGCAUCGUCACAGAAUUUUAUGGAUGUAAAUCAAAAGUCCAACAACAAUAAUAACAAUAUCGGUAGCACUACCACAACAACAACAACAGAAAAUACACAGAUGUCUUCGAACAACGAGCUAGAUACUUCCAAAAUUACAAAUAAUAAUAAUAUAAACAUAAACAACAACAACAAUACAAAUAAUGUGAACAACAGCAACAAUUUAACUGAAAACAACAACAACAGGAACAAUCAAUUAGAUGACUACAACAAUUGUACUAUUAAUAAGAAUCCAACAGGUUGUGCAGCAUCAGACGCUUCCAAUUGUAACAAUUCCAUGUCACAACAAAACCCCAAUCCCAAUUCCAACAAAACGAACAACAACAGCAACACAAACAACAAUGAUAAUUUACACAAUACUAAUACGAGCAGCAGCAACAACAAUAGCAUUGUUAAUUCAUCCACAAUUGGAUUUGAAAAUCUAGAAGAUGAACAGCAAAGUCAAAUCGCAACGCAACAACAGCAGUCUCACGUUGCCUCCUCCGAAUUGCAGGACACUUUGGGAUUCUUCAACGAGACCCUGGAUUUGUCCCACGAGGAUAUACAGCGUACCCUUAUAGCCAAUAUGCCCAAUGAGAAUACGCUGCUUAAUUCUUUGGAUUUCAUGAAUCCCAAUGGUGGUGGUCAGAAUGUGGAACCUGUAACUGAUGGACCACAAUGUGAACCAGAUCAGUUAUCGGCUGGUGCAGAUGCUGAUGAUGAAGACACCGAUGAUGUCUUUGCCCACUUGGAUGCAUUUGAUAUGCUCGUCGAAUUUCCCGAACUUGAUUUGGAUGAUAAGCAGGCCUUGUCUAAUACGGCCCUGGAACAGGCUGCAAAUGGUGUAACGGGUCAUCAUAUGACUGGACAUGAUUCCACGGCAGAUUCAUGUCAUCAACACCUAACAAAUCUCCCAAUUUAUGAAAGCAGUGGCUCUGCUGGACAUCAGGAUUUAUCGUGUGACAAGAAAUUUUUGAAGAUCUGUGACUUCAGUCCUGAUUGGUCAUAUCCUGAGGGUGGUGUAAAGGUUUUGGUAGCUGGUCCCUGGACCAUGGAUUGCCAGUACACAGUGUUAUUUGAUUCCCACCCUGUUCCCACGGUAAUGGUACAAGAAGGCGUUUUACGUUGCUAUUGCCCAGCCCAUGAGGUGGGCUUUGCCACCAUGCAGGUCUCUUUGGAUGGUUAUGUUAUUUCCGAUUCCGUCAUGUUCGAAUAUAAAAUGUCAGUCUGCCAAGAGGCUCCGUUUGAUGACAACACCAAUGAUUGUCUGUACAAAUUUUCAUUGUACAAUCGUUUGACCACCAUUGAGGAAUCACUGCAAACUAAGCCGGAAAGCGUUGAAGCUCUACCAGCCUCACAGCAAAUAUUCUCACUACAGGGAAAUUUGGAGGAAAAAUUGGUUAGCUAUUGUCAUCAGCUAACUAAGAUGACAUGGCAAAGUAAUGCCUCGGCUAAUGGAGUAACCUGGAAUGCCGGCUAUAAGGGUAUGACUAUGUUGCAUUUAGCCGCUGCUUUGGGCUACAAUAAGUUGGUGUGCGCUUUGCUAACAUGGCGUACGGAAAAUCCUCAUAUCAUUUUGGAAACAGAAAUCGAUGCCUUUAGUCAGGAUGCUCAUGGCUAUACGCCAUUGACUUGGGCUUGCUCACGUGGCCAUUUGGAGACUGUCACCUUGCUAUACAAAUGGAAUCAAAAUGCUUUGAAAAUCAAAAAUCAUGCUCAGCAAACACCUCUGGAUGUGGCUCUUGUUAAGGGCCACAAGCUAGUCGUAUCAGAAUUAUAUCGCUUGGAACAUGAAUGCCAACGAAAACAAAGCAGGGGUUCGCUCAGCAGUUUAUCCAUCAAUCUUAAUAAAUAUUCGCUAAGCAACGAUGAGAGCGAUGAUAAUCCCUCAUUUACAGUAUUUGAUACAACAGAUCCAUCACAACGUAGCCACGAUGGUGUAUUUCUAAGACCAGUAGCCGUGAGCAGCAAUCAAAGUCCCCCAAAUAGUAGUCGCUUUUCGAAACGAUCUUCCAUAGAUAGUGGCAUUAGCAUGGACAUCAGAAGUAAACCUGUUAAGAGCUUUAAAGAUUUGACACGUUUACACAGUUUGGAUGCACAUGACAAUUAUGGUGGUGGCAGUGGUACAAUGGAAUCUCAACUCGAUUCAAUUGCAACACCAGCAAAUACAACGAAUUCUUUACUCUCACCUCUAAGGAAAAUGGAUUUUGCCUUAUGCGAAGUAUCAACUGGUGAUGCAAGUCCUUUGCCAGACAAAAGUAACGAUGAUGAUGAUACAUCAACAAUUGAUAACGAAGAUUGUUGCAACGAUGUUGUUGCAAUGCCCAAUAAAAAUAUCGAUGCCGUUGUAGGGGAUUCAGAUGCCAAAGUGUUAACACUCGCUGAACAUAUCAUAGCUGCUAUGCCAGAACGUAUUAAAAAUGAGGCUGAUGAAAUGAUGGUUUUGGGUAGUCCCAUGACAGAACCUUUAAAUUCCGAAUCAUCGGGUUUAAAUGACAGCUUUAUGGAUCCCCUUUUGGAUUCACUGCCCAAUGCCCAUUUCGAUAAUGAAUUUAAUUUCGACUUCAACGAUCACACAUAUCGUUAUCAUGAAGUUAGUACACCCUGCUCUAGUCUAAGUCCUGCUAGUUCAGGACCGCUGCAAUCACCGGCCAGUUAUUCCAUACUGGGUCAUGAUCCAUCGGUUAGUUCACCCAGCCCGCCACCGUCAACUAAACAGUUGACAGAAUUUCUUCAUGCCUCCAGUAAUUCCCAGUAUCCUUUUGAGGCUGAUUUUAGUAAAUUAACAUUAACAGAUACCGAACAACGAGAACUCUAUGAGGCUGCCAAAUGCAUACAAAAGGCCUACCGUUCGUACAAGGGUCGCCAAAAGUUGGAAGAACAAAAUAAAGAACGUACCGCCGCCAUUGUCAUACAAAACUACUAUCGUCGCUACAAACAAUUUGCCUAUUAUCGUCAAAUGACCAAUGCCGCUUUAGUCAUCCAGCAUGGUUAUCGUUCGUAUUGUCGCAAUAAACGUUUUAAGAAAUCUCAAAACACCUCAACGCUAAUGGCAUCCGGCGGGACAGCUCUACACAACAGCGACAGUCAGGAUAGCACGAAUUCACAAUGCCUGUCGAGCUUUUUUGAUAAUUUUGCCAAACAGGAACAGAAUGCCGAUAGUUCACCGCAGUCGUGUAGUACCCCAAAGGAGACUAGCCCUUCGGGUCCAUUGAAACGUACUUACUCACAAUCAACACAAAAUCAAGCUGCCAGAAAAAUUCAACAGUUCAUGCGACAAUCACGCAUUAACAUAUGGGAUGGAAAUUUAACAACGCUGACUUCAGAGAGAACGAGCCGAAAAAGAGAAGCUGGUGCACCAACGCAGGGCGGAAUACCUUCAAAACUUGCAGUUUCAAGGACAACAGGAAAUUGCCUGCCCAAUCGAAAAGAGUGAUACUACAGAACAUCACACUGACUCCAACAUCACAGAGCUUGUCAAUAAUGACAUAACCAACAACAACAAUCAUCAAUGAAAAGGAAAUUAAAAUAUUUAGUGUAAAUUACCCAAAAAAAGAAAACAAGAAUCCUUAAUUAUAUAAGAGAAAGAAAAACAAACAUCUCCCACACAUAUUUGAGACCCGAAAAGAGGAAACUCUAAAAAUAAAAUCCCCAAACGAAGUCCACAUAUACUUAAACAUUUUACUUAAAGUACUAGAAAUCCACGAAAAAGAAACUUGCAACCUUCCUUAUUCCUCUCAAAAAAAAAAAAAAAAGAAAACACAACUAAAUGAGCGACAAAAAUAAAAAGCGUCGUUUCUUUGCAAAUGAAUUUUCAGAAUUUUACUGAGAUCUUUUCAUAAAAAUAAAGCUUUACUUUAAUGAGUGAAACUAUAUAACUAUUAUAUAAUUAUUACUAUUUAAUAUUAUAAAAUGAAAGAAAAAAAAAUAUUUCAAAAAAACUGCUCUUAACUAUUAUUAUAAUAAUUAUAAUUAUUAUUAUUACUGUUACUGAAAGAAAUUUAACACAACAUAAACAAGAAAAAAUCACUAUUAAUCUAAAAUAAUUAAAACAUAAUUUUUAAAUAUAUUAUUAUCUAAACUGCUAGAUAAAUAACAAAACAAGGCAGUGGAAUGGCCUCUCACACUCCUAUACACACACACACUUUUUAAAAAUAUUAUAUAAUUAUUAAAAUUCAUGAGAGUAUUAUUCAAAUAACAACAAACUAAAAAAUAUAUAAAAAAUAUUAUUAUUAAGAAAAAUCUUUAAAAAAUACACUGUUAAAACCAAUAAACUUAGUAAAAAAAUAUGUUUUUUAUUUUUUUCAUAAUUUAUUUUGUUUUUAUCUAAACUGAGAAUUAAGACCUCUUUAAAUGUUCUAAACACUUUUUUAUUGCUCUACACAUAUAAAAAAAAACUUAAACAAAUAUAUAUUAUUAUAAUAUGUAAAAAUCUAGUAUUAGUUAGCCACUAUAUUUUUUCUUCAAUUUGUAUCUAUAUACGGCAAUUAAAUAAACAAAAACAAGAAAUACAAAUGAAAACAACUACAAAUCGAAAUGAGAGAGAAUUUUAUGUACGUGCACUUUUUACUAAUAAAAAAACAUAUAUAUAUUAAAGUAAAAAAAUUAUAUUUAUUAAGUAUAACACCCCUCACACACCUAUACACCACUAUUUAUAUGUAUUCUAUUAAAAGGAAAUAUCUUUAGGAUUUUUUUUUAUUUUUGGAAAUUUAUCAUCAAAAAGAAAUUGGAAAUUUUAAAAACUCAAGGCAUCAACGAUUCUAUGCUACAGAAUUUCUGUGCUUAACUCAUAAUAUAUUUAUAUAUUAUAUCUUAUAAUAUAUUUUACUACGAUUUACUAAGAUUAACUUACUUCAGUUUCAAAUUUAAAAAACUCAUUAGAUCUUUACAGCAUGUUUAUAAUUUUCAGCAUGUUAUAAUUUUAUAAAGCAAACCGAGACAAUGUUCUCCAUUCGGAGAUUUUUGUUGAUUUUUUUUUAAUGUAUGUCAUAUAAGAUUAUUAGUAUUCCUUUGCGACAGCAAAAAUCUGUUUGAAUGAGGGGUAGACAUUUUAAGGCUUAAACAUAAAAAUGUCUUAUAGCAAAUGGGAAAUUAAGUCGGUCUAAAAACCAUAUGAGAGACCAGAAUACCUUUUCUAAUCUGAAAUUUUAUUGAUAAUAUUUUCAAUUUUUUAAAGCACCAGCUUCCUUGUAUUUAAAAGCACACGUUGAGCAUCCUGUAAGAAUAUUCAACCCAGACAAAAAAAAAAAAAAAAAAACAA